AAUUGUCGAAAAAAAAAGAAUGGAAAAAGAAAAAGUAAAACGUUUAAUUCCAGUUUCAGAGCUCGAAACCCUUUCCCAGCUCCAACAAUGGCGGUCCCGUUCUCUCUCUCCCUCCACACCCCUCUCCUUCCCUUCCGACCUCGCUUCGUCUUCCCCCCAAAAACCGGCGCAUUCUUUCCCAUUUUGCCCAUCGUAAACCUCCGAAUUUCUGUCCCCGUCCUCGUCCGUUCUUCUCUGAACGCUGUUCCCGGCACAGAGCAAGAGGUACUCCGGGCGGUGGCGGACUCCAACGAGAACAGCCUUCCGUGCGUGAGGACUUACGAGAACGACUUGGCGAGGCUCACUCUCGUCGGAGCCGUCGAUUUCCAGCAGGCUCUGACGGCGGCCGGGGCCGACGGUGGCCAGGCCGCCGACGAGCAUAUCCAAUCGGGAAUGCCCGCCAUGGUCGUGGAGACCGUUUUUCCGGGCUCUUCGGACCAGCACAGUACCGUCUCAACCCGGUUGUUUCUCCCGGCGAGGAAAGUUAAAGAAAAGGCCGGUAAGCUGAGACUCCGCGAAGAUAUAUUUUCCGGUGCUACAUCUAAGAAUAUACUUGCCAUGACUUUUAGACAAGUAGUGCUCCAGCAGCUUUGGAGCUUUGAACUGGUUGUUUUCAGGCCUGGAACAGAAAGAAAUAUGGAGGAUCUUGAAAAUCCAAGAGAGGUCUCUGCAUCUUUCACCCUUAGCUCAUCAGAUGAAAGGGUUAUCUCUGUGCUUGCAGAAGCUGUUUGUAUCUCUGCUCUUCAGAGCACCGAAAGAAGUUUCCUCGAUAAUUAUUUGGGCAAAAGUUCUAGUAGUUUAUUUUGUUGGUUACAGAAGCCUAGAAGGAUUGUGUCGAAAGAUUCUUCAGUUAUCAUAACCAAAUUGUUUGAAGAUGAGAUAGUUGAGAAUGCCAAGAGUCUUCUGGUAGAGUUUAAUUCGACAAAGGCUCACUUUAGGCCUUCAAGAAACAGAUCGAACUAUCAUUGGUGGACGCCAACGGCACACUCUAAAUUGGAAAAGAUUGGUGGUCCUCAGUUUAGCGCUUGGACAAGUGAGUAUAUUCCUGCUUACAUGAUACAAAUUGAUGCUAACCAACUUAAGGAUGUAAAGUUGGAAGGGUGGAGAAAAUCUUCGGACAAUAUGUGGGAAGUCCUCUUCACGCACUCCCAAAUGGUUGGAUUGGCAGAUGUAAUAGACAUGUACUAUGAAGAUCUAUACACAUUGCCCAAUAAAGAACUAUCUUGUGGCUUCGUUCGAAAUUUUACUAAUUUGCCCAAUAAAAAGAGGAAUUCUGUCUUGUUGAAAAUGCUGUCUAUCACUGUUGCAAGUGGAAUUUUUAUCAUCGCAAUUAGUGCCCUCGGUCAACUUUGUUUGCCGCAUCUUAAGGUUGGAAAUUACAUCCGGGAAAGUCAGUCUCUUUCAUCAUCAGAAGUUGAAAGUUUACUGCAUCAGUCUCUAGACGAUGCUGAGUUGGAAGCAUUUUGCAUCUCAGUCGUCAAAAGGAUAAAGGAUGCCUUGGGUUGGCCCGGUGAUAUAACAGGAGAGCGAAGUGUGGGUGUUUGGACUGGCAUAUUGCCAGAAUACUUGAGGUUGGUGGUUCAAAAUGAUUCUGACAGUGAGGGCAUCUCAACAACUACCCCUGCGGAGAGUAUUGAUGCAGAAAUUAAGACAUCAGCACAGGAUAUUGCUAAUUAUCAGGUAGUAUUGUCAUUAGACGGGAAGCUAGUUGGAUUCCAACCCACAAGUCGCGUGGCUGUUAAUCAAUGGGCUGGAAAUCCCUUGGCAAAGGAGUUAUAUGGUGGUAGAAAUCUUUCUCCUGGUUUAAUCGAGCCUGGUCUCAAUGUCCACCGUCCGGAUGGAGGGAUUGUCGUCAUUGAGUUGUUGAUGUCAACAAAGCCAGAUGCUUGUUUUGCUUUAGCCAGGCCAAAGCUAGUUGGAUUCCAACCCACAAGUCGCGUGGCUGUUAAUCAAUGGGCCGGAAAUCCCUUGGCAAAGGAGCUAUAUGGUGGUAGAAAUCUUUCUCCUGGUUUAAUCGAGCCUGGUCUCAAUGUCCACCGUCCAGAUGGAGGGAUUGUCGUCAUUGAGUUGUUGAUGUCAACAAAGCCAGAUGCUUGUUUUGCUUUAGCCAGGCCGAGUCGAUGA